AUGCACAUACGCGAAGUAACGCAGUCGGCGCUUAGCGGCUGCGCCCUGAUGCUACAGACCCAAGCCGCUGCUUAUGAUGAGGACUACGGAGAUUAUGAUGAGCCGCGUCAUCUGAGAAACGAUGCGUCUUUCUUUCAGCCGCAUUUGCAUGACGCCCGUCGCAUGGGACGUCAACAGCAACUGGGCUCAUCGGCCAGCGUGGAGUCGCAGUCGACCAGCAGUUUGUCCGUGGAUGAUGACGACGAUGGCGUCGAAGGCUCCAGCGAGUACUAUGAUGACAGCGAAGACGAGGGGGAUGAGGAGAGUGCCACCAGCGAGAGUGCCAGCGAUGAAUCGCUGCCACGUCUGCUCUCACAAUCCGCCUUCCAUCGCAUAUCCGAGACCCUGGGAGCCCUCAACACAGUCGGCCAUAUGUUGGUGGACAUGACGCGUGGGGGUCAGGACAGCAAGACAGAGAAUGGCAGUAGUGCUGAGACGGCCUCGAGCAGCAGCUCGACCAGCUCCACCAGCACGACGGAACGUACGCCCUCCACAGAGGUGAUAUCGGGCAAAAUAUUGGACACGAAGAGGACACUUUCUGCGAAUAGUUUGCUGCCAGCUGGCAAGCCCGCGAAUCUGAGUGCCAUUCAGGUGGCUACGAAGCGCAUUGGACAGGAGGAGCCGCUGCAGAAGCCCAUGUUUGUGGAGAACAAGGAGUUGAAGCAAAAGCGCAAGAAGAAGAAGAACAAGAACAAGCAGAAGAUAAAGAAACCCAACGAACAGACAGAGGUGAUUACAGCAACUCAGUCGCAGUCGCAGUCUCAACAGAAGAUCAAAAUUCCCACCACAUUGCGCACCACCACCACCACAACAACAACAAGAAGUCCAACCACAAGCACCACACUGCGUCCACUCGAUCAGCUGGCCUUGGCGAGCGACGAUGCCGGCACGGCCAAGGAUGUGGAGAAUUAUUGCAAAACCCCCAGCGGUCGACCCGGCCGUUGUGAGGAUCUCAGCAGCUGUCCGGCUCUGCUGCUAAAUCUGAGCAGCCUGCGUGAGUCGCUUUGCUUCAAGAGCCUGUUUGUGCCCGGAGUUUGUUGUCCGCUCAGCGCGGCCGCCACAGCUACAGAGAGCUCCACGCCGUUGACCACACAGCGACCCCUGAAGCUCACCACCAAGCCACCCGUCACAUUGGCCACCACUAAGCGACCCACCCUGCGUCCUACAGUGCGACCGACAGCCGGCUUGGUGCUCAUACCUCAGGCGAAGCCCUCGACUACGACCACAAGCACCACAACAGAAGCACCACUCGAGCCGGAGGGCUUGGACGAUAUAGCCAAUAACAUUGUCGAUCCGGAGGAGUGCGGACAACAGGAAUACUCUACAGGUCGCAUUGUUGGCGGCGUGGAGGCGCCCAACGGCCAGUGGCCCUGGAUGGCGGCCAUUUUCUUGCACGGACCCAAACGCACGGAGUUUUGGUGUGGUGGCUCCCUCAUUGGAACGAAGUACAUACUGACGGCGGCGCAUUGCACCCGAGAUUCCAGGCAGAAACCCUUUGCUGCUCGCCAGUUUACGGUGCGUUUGGGAGACAUCGAUCUUUCCACAGAUGCGGAGCCCUCCGCGCCGGUUACUUUUGCCGUCAAGGAGGUGCGCACACAUGAGCGAUUUUCACGCAUUGGCUUCUACAAUGACAUCGCGAUUCUUGUGCUGGACAAGCCAGUGCGCAAGUCCAAAUACGUGAUACCGGUUUGUCUGCCGCGUGGUGCCCGUAUGCCGCCCAAGGAGCGUCUGCCCGGACGCCGAGCCACCGUUGUCGGCUGGGGCACCACCUAUUACGGCGGCAAGGAGUCGACGAGUCAGCGGCAGGCCGAGCUGCCCAUUUGGCGCAAUGAGGAUUGCGAUCGCAGCUACUUCCAGCCCAUCAAUGAGAACUUCAUUUGUGCAGGCUACUCGGAUGGCGGUGUAGAUGCGUGUCAGGGUGACUCCGGCGGUCCACUUAUGAUGCGUUACGACUCCCAUUGGGUGCAGCUGGGUGUCGUAUCGUUCGGCAAUAAGUGUGGCGAGCCCGGCUAUCCCGGCGUUUACACGCGUGUCACGGAAUAUUUGGACUGGAUACGGGAUCAUACGAGGGAUUGAGGUCGCACUGUUGGCUUGGGUUAGUUUUAACUGUUGCUAGGUUUAUGUACUCGCUAGUCUAUAUACGAUUAAUAUUUAAAAGUUGUAGGCAGCGCUCCUUUCUUACCUGACACUCCAUGUUGAAUACUACUUCAAUUCUUUCUCUUUCUAUAUAUAUAUGUCCGUAUUUAUUAAUCCCCGAAAGACGUUGCAAUCAAAUUGUUUACCAUAUUAGUUUGU